UCACUUUUAUCUUAUACGCCUUUUUUCAUCACUUUUAUUUUUCUUUCUUAUAUCUCAGUUUAACUUGUCUAUUUUCUAAUUUCCCGCAUAUAUCUCAUCCUCUUUCCUGUGUCCCUGCCCUAUCUCAUUUUCAUCUCCCUUUUAGACCCUUCACACUUUCCCUUUUGUCCUCUGCAUUUUGUUUCCUUCAUUCUUCUUGUAACCUUAUACUGCUUUUCUACUUAUUCUCUCCUGUGGUCUCCUUAGCCUCUUCCCCAUUUACCACUCCUACACCUUCCUCCCACCCUUAUCUUUGCUCAUUUUCUAACUACUUGUUUCCUUUUAUGCCCCGUCUUUCUUUCCAUUUCCUCUCCUUCCUUGUUCCCUGACACUUCUUCAUCUUCCCUACCUCUUUCCAUCACCUCUGCCUCUCCCUUCAUUGCUCCUUUUUUGUUUCCUCCUCGUUUCCUCUGUCUUGUGUUUAUGUUUUCAGUUCCUGAAAGUCAAGUCAGCAUGCGCCACUCCUCCUCCUCCUGCUCUCGUAAUCACACUCAUUCUCAGCCCUCCCCAUUCCCCCGUGCCCUCCUCUCUCUCACACUCUGUGUAUAUCCCAUUCGGCCACUUUCCGCAUUAACUCCUAGUCGUCAGUUUCAUUCAGCUCAGAGCUGAUAUGCGGCUGUUUCUCUGAUCAAAGUCUGGAUACAAGGAGGCUCAGAAAUCUGGAGGACCACCUGUUGCAUUUUGAUUGAAAGACGUCCCAAUACAGGGGGAUCACACGUGGGCCACCAUGUUGGGACAGAGCGUGCGGUUACAGCCAGUUCCCAUCCAGAGCCUAUCGGAGCUGGAGCGAGCCAGGUUACAGGAAGUCGCUUUGUACCACCUGGAGGAGAGGGACCUGGACUUCAAGAUCAGCAUCCCUAAAGAAACUCACAAGCGAAGAAAAUCUCUGCGCAGGAAGUUUGACUCCUUUUCAAAGGAAAAGAAAGAGCGAGAAUCGGCUCCCAAGGCCUUUGGUAUCCCGCUCUCCCAGGUCAUCGCCAACGACCGGGCCUACAAGCGGCGGCAGGAUGCUCUGAAGGAGAGCAGGCGCGACUGCCUCGACCUGGAGGCAAGCGUCCUGCGAUUCAGGGCGGAGAAGCGACAGUUCUUCAAUGGGAGCAAACCUCUGGUCAGCUCCUCGUCCAUCACAGGAGGAGGUCCGGGCUCGCCGUCUGCUAACUCUGUGGCACCGGCGCCAAUUUCUGACCCUCAGAACAAACCGCUGUCACCCACGUUUCUGGAUAACACCGGACGAGGACAGAGAAGGGGUGGUCUAUCAGUGGACUCGAUCUCUGACCUUGUAGAGAGUCAGUCUCGCCUGCUGGAAGCGCUGCAGCUUUCCCACCCGGCUGAACUGGAGUUGAUCAAGUCUCCGGGUGGCAGCUCGUCGGAGGGGAGGACCCAAACCAAGCUCAGCCUCAACCCCAUCUAUAGACAGGUGCCUCGGGUGCUGGAGAGGUGCUGCAGUCACAUCGAGACCUAUGGUCUUCAGACUGUGGGUAUCUUCCGAGUCGGCAGCUCCAAGAAGAGAGUGAGACAGCUACGGGAGGACUUUGACGUGGGCGUUGACGUCCAGCUGGAUGAGGAGCACAGCGUCCACGAUGUGGCAGCACUGCUCAAAGAGUUUCUGAGGGACAUGCCGGAUCCUCUGCUGCCCAGAGAGCUCUACCCCGCCUUCCUGCAUGCCAAUUUUCUGAGAGGAGCAGACCAGCUGCAGUACCUCCAGCACCUCCUCUACCUGCUGCCUCCCUGUAACUGCGACACACUGCUGCGCCUCCUCACCUUGUUACACACCGUGCAGAGCUUCGCACAGGACAGCAUAGGAACCAACGACGAGGAGAUCCCCGGAAACAAGAUGACGGCUGCUAACCUGGCCGUGAUCUUCGGGCCGAACCUGCUUCAGAAGGAGCGCGGGGGAGACGUGAGCCCGCAGGCGAUGGGCAUCGAGGACAGCACGGCGAUCAUCAGCGUCACUCUGAUGCUCAUACAGAACCACAGGAGACUCUUCACGGUCUCUGCAGAGCUGCAGCAGGAGGUCCUGAUGAGUCUGAUCCAGACCGACCCGGACAUCAUCGACUACCUGCUGCGUAGGAAACUCAGCGGCAGUCACCUGACGGUGGAGAGCGGCAGCGAGUCCACCGGUCGCAGGGACACGGGGGCGUCUCUGGACUCAGUGGGAGCCUCCAGCGGCAGCCUGUCCCCACUGGAGCCCCCGUCACCGCUUUUCCCCCCAGAUGGGAGCGGCGGUGAUGGCAGCCUGACCAGCGAGGUCUUCCUGAACGUCCUCAAACUGAACCAGAACAGGAAGCGGCAGGACACCAGAUACGGUGAGGUCCCUCCUGGUAAAUCCAUCCGCCACAUGCGUCAGUUCCACUCCCACCACAACCUGCUCAGCCUAUCCCAGUCCUCCUUCUCUUCCUCGUCCUUGUCCUCGUCCUCCACCCCCAGGCUCCACGCUCAGGACUCGGAUGCCCAGGACCGUCGAGGCCCGGGUCUGAGCUCCGCGCUGAGCUUCUCUCUGAGCUCGAGUCUGAGCGGCUCGACCGAGAACAGCAUCUGGGUGAGGCAGACGCCGCAGGAGGAGAGCAAGCCGUCGCCGACCACUAAUUUCUGGGACUUCUUCACCGGGAAAGGUUCGGGCUCAGAGACGAUGGUAUGAUGAAGGGAGAGGAGAGAAACAACCGGUCAAGUUCCAGAUUCACUUAAAGAGAUGCUUACUGGUGUAAAUAAUACAGGUCUCUCCCUGACAUUCCCACUUGACCUCAUAACCGUCCUGCUGUGGGUUUUCCAAGCUGGAAGUUGGAAUUUCCCACGUUUUUUGGCCCCUCUUGAACUCAGCAUGGGUAUGAAUGAAAACUAGAAGAAAUGAAGGACACAAACUUCUCAGACACAAAAAAACGAAGGAAGAAUAAAUCAGUGAGAUUACCUGAAGGUGGAUCCACUAAUAAAAACAUGUACAGGAUGGAUUCAUAUUUUAAACCCUGUUUCUACAACUGCAUCUUCUGACAGUCUGUGUACAGAAAUCAUACCAGGCAUACUCCGUUUGUUUGUUUUUUCCUGCAACCUGCACUAAGCUGCUUUUGCAAAUGUGAUGUAGCUUCUUAAUAUUCAGUAAUGAUCUCAAACACCCGCAAAGUGUGUUUCCCCAAUGAGCACUGCAGGUCAAAAAGCUCAGUGUGAUUGCAUCUGCAGUAAAUUUGGUUAAAAUGUCGAUUAUUAUACCUGAAUAUGUAAUUAGGAUGUUUCACAUUGAUUCUGUGCCCCUGAAAAUGGUUAAAUACCUAAAAAAUUUACAUAAAAAGGCAUUUCGAGAACGUUUUCACCUAUAAAUCAGCCCUUAAAGCUGCAGCAGGUGGCUUUUGUUUCUCCCAUCAAUGGAGACAAAAAAAACCUUACAUACGCUUGUUCCCCCUCUGGGUUUUCAGGUUUUAGAAAGUAAAGUGCGGGACUUUGGCCAAACAUGAGUGUUUGCAAAACCAAAACAACAACAAAAAAACCCUGGUCAUUGCCAUCAAAUCGUGCUAGGAGUGGUGUUUUAAGCAGCACAGGCAAGCUAAGCACAAAUAAAUAGAAAUAGUGGCAUUGGUGUCGCUCACUUACGGUAUGUAAGGCUAAGUAUAAAUUAAGAAGCCUGUGUAGGUUCCCAGUCGUCCAGUUCACGAUGGUCCAGUCACCUUCUGUUCAAGCUCUUAAGACUACAAAUUAAGAUCUAUGCUGAAGACUUUAACCUGGGAUAGUGGGCUUCAAACUAAUAUGAAGCCAAAAUUCAGAAUAGGUUUAUGUUUUAUGCUCUAAGAAGAACUCUGUUGGGUCGGACUUAAAACAAAGAGCCCCUGAUUUUGAGAGGACUGUUCUUUAUUUCUGCCUGCUUCAGCUUUAAUGGUAAAUGUGUCAGUGUGAGUGGAGUCAGCCAAAGAUUGUCUUCUUUAGUUUAAAACAGUAAACUCUGUCUGUUAUUCUCUGAUUUCACAUCCAUAUUUUAAUUCUAGAUUCUGCUUGAGUAGCUUUACAAAUCGUGCAACCGCCUCAGAUCAUCUUCUGUCUGAAACAAGUAUUUUCAGUCCCCUUCUCCAGCAUUUGCCAUUGACUGAAUUCAUCCGGUCUGUGUCCAAUGCACUUGGAAUCUGUUUCCUUUGAAAUGUUGCUUUAAAGAUGGAGACCAGGUCUGCAAUCACUCCCAGUCAGUUGCCGUCUUCAAAGCAAUGUUAGCUCAUCAAGGCGGCAAAAAGGCGGAGUCAGCCUGCUGUCAGUUUGGGGUUGAGAUUUGUGAUAAGAUGGCAACUAAUUGUAAUAAAUCUGUGAAAAUUGCAAACCUGUUGCUGUCUAUAUAAGCAGAAAUUCUAAUUGACAUUAACUACUUACAUUCAGUGUCCAGCUGGAACCUCAAAGAUUUAGAUUUAAAGCAGAAAUUCCUCCACAAAUAAUGACGUAGUUGCUGCAGGACGGCAAUUUAACUGCAACAUCACAUAGUUGCUCCGCAACCAGGCUUUUAUAAAGGAAUAUAACCAGAAUACAUACAGCUGGAAACCAGAUGGUAAUCCAUCUGCAUUUAUAAAUAAAACUGCACUUAUUUGCAAACCUCCUCCAGUCAGUCUGAGUCAGACCAGGAUUCUUUGCAGGAAGGUUGCCUCCAAUUUUUUGUGCAGUAACCUUGAAAUCAAAUGGGUUUGAUUUGAAGUUGAGGAUGUUGCAUGCCCAACCUCUGGGUGACCAUUUGGUUGCUGCAACUUCCUGCAAUUGACAGCAAAAAAAAGAUGCAAUCGUAUGGCAACCAGUGAGAGGUUUCCAUUCCUAUUUAGUAUGACUGAACCAUAAGGCAGGUGGGUGAAGCUUUAAGGCAGGUGUGCCUGAGGUGAGUAUCAACUCUCACUGAUGUCAUACCGAUCCAAGGCUGAUUAGCUGGGUUUUUUUUCAGGGAUUAUUUUUACAUACUAAUUAUACAUUUGAUUUGUUGGCCUUGGUGUCUGAAACGUUGGCUACUUCAACAGUAUGACAGAAAAAAACAUAUGAGGUCCACUUUCCACUUUGUCAAAGCGUCCUUGAAUAUUAAACUGUCUAAAAUCUAAGAAAGUUUUCUUUUUCUUUUUUGUAUUUUAAAGCAGCUCAGAGGGACUCCUGCUAUUAUCAGCAGCACAUCACAGUCACAUCAGUUUGGUAAUAUGGAAGUCAAAAGAUUGAAAAUGGAGCCAGCGCUGGUGGACUGAUCAGAAGUUUCUUUUAUAUAAUGAAAGUUUACUUGUAAUCACUACAAGUUGUGUUGCCUUUGAGUUGUAAGCAGUUCUUUUCACAGAUUGAGUCACUUUAAGUUCCCCAUUUGUAAAUAGCAAUGAAGUCUAUACAGAAUUCACCAACUUUUGGUAUACUGUAUUUUUUGUAAACCAGAUUUAACAUUACUGUACCUCCAUAUGUCACAUCAUAUCAGUACAGAGAUGUGUUCCCAACCUCUUAAUACCAACAUAAUGUGAUGCACUGAGCUGCCCAGUAAAAGCUGCUUUUCUUAUUUCUUCGAUCAGCUGCAGAGAGGAGAAGCAGCCCUUUAAACUGGUCUGUGGAAGCUUGUUUGUGCCACUAUAAAAGAAAAUGCCAUCCAUAUGUCAAUAAAGUAUAACCCUCGCACCCUCGCUUACCAAUAAUUGCUAUAUUGCUAAUUGUUACAUUUUAUUCAUUUGUGGAACUUCUUCCUUUAAAGCACCAGGUGUCCAUCUCACAAUUUUGGGUUAUCAUCACAAACCCUACUAACUCAAUCAUCUAAAAACAAUAGCGUUUUCAGUGUUUCAAGUUUAAAAAUGUUGAUAUAUGGUUAACAAAAAUGUUUUUGUUGGGGGUUUUUUUCUGUGUCACAAACAAGCUUCCAUAUAUGCCACUUUCAGACACAAACAUUCUGACUUGCGUUAAAUCCGUGUAUAAAUGCAUCCAUGUCUGCUUUAAAGGUUAUUAUGAUGUGUCAAAAUUCGUUAAACCAACAGGAAAGUACAAAGAUCCGUCUUCAGCAAGAUUUCACAGGUGUUGUUGCCCUUUUUACCACAAGAGGGCGAUAUUUGCCAAUUCAUUGCAAAUGUUAACAUCCCCAACAUACAUGGUUUUUCCUACACUCUGUGCGCACACUCAGUGUACAGAUAAACAAAAUAGGUUUGGGAAUAGUGCCAAACAACUAGCAACUUGUUGUACAAAGAUAUAUAUUUUUGUUGUCGUUUUUGUAUCCGGUUCUAAUUUCUGGACCACAAACAGAAGCUUGUGCACUCCGUCCUUCACCCUCAGCAGGUGAAUGUAUCAUUUUUUUCUGUCCCUGUAAAAGAAACGAGGCAUUUCUUUUUCUGUAUUGUUGUAAAAUCCAUCAGUGUUUGUGUGAACCUGCUGUUUGAGAAUGUACCACCUACCUGCAGAGAAUUAAAUGUCAAACUGCC